UUUCGGUUUAAACGUUCGCCCUUUUGCGCUUUCGUUCGUGGCGCCCAUUUUGACAUUCGCCAGCCGACGGUUGAGUGGGGUUAUAUCAAUCCGGCUUAAAAUUGCCAUAAUUGCGAGAAUUCGGCUCUUUUCUCGACGAUGGCGUUAAAUCCCCAGUACGAAGCGAUAGGAAAAGGGUUCGUCCAGCAGUACUACGCCCUUUUCGACGACCCGAACCAGAGGCCUACUUUGGCAAACAUGUACAAUAUCGAGAGCUCGUUCAUGACGUUCGAAGGCGUCCAAUUGCAGGGAUCUGUGAAAAUAAUGGAAAAAUUAACGAGUUUAUCAUUUAAAAAAAUUAAUCGAAUUAUCACAGCGGUCGACUCGCAGCCGAUGUUCGACGGCGGGGUGCUAAUCAACGUUUUAGGUAGAUUACAGACUGAUGAAGACAUGCCUCAUGCGUAUCUUCAAACUUUCGUCUUGAAACCAAUAGAAGGGAGUUUUUUUAUUCAACAUGAUAUAUUCCGACUUGUCCUUCAUGACACUAUUUAGUCAAAGAGGCAGCCGACGAAGACCCCCCGCACGCAUUUUCCCAAGUAUUCGUUUUAAAACCUUUAGGAAACUCAUUUUUUGUCCAACAUGAUAUUUUCAGAUUGGGAAUCCACGACACCGCUUAAACCACUACUUGUUUUACCAUUGCUUCAUCAUUAAAAUAAAAUAUUUUAUAAAC